GGUAGAUGCGGGAGCAUGGGAAGCACGGCCGCCUAUAAGGUAGCCAUGGCUGAAGCUUGACAGUAGUCAUAAGGAUCGUAGCCUUCUUGAAAUUGUACCUCUGUUUGGUGCGACAGUGAUUAGAUACCUGAUAUUGAAUAUCUAUAUUUACUUAACUUUUUAAAAAAGCUAUGGCGUGUGCUGUGCUACAGAAGUUUGCCGGAGCACAAAAAGUGUUAACGUUUCAAGUGUUGACUUCACUGGGAAGAAUCUGACUGUUUUGAGCUACUGGCUGUAUCAUUGCAGAAUAGUGACAUUUAAGAUUUCUGAACUGAGAUAAUGGCGGUAACAACAGAGGAUGAUAUUGACAAUAUCUCUGAAGCACCCCUUGAGCAUACUGCAGUGUUGGUGCACUGUCUUUCAGCUGGAGAAACGGAAAAAGCUAGUGCUAUAUUCAGUGAUGUUAAGUAUGAAAAGUGUAUUGUGGAAGAUAGCAGCAGCAUUAUAGAGGCAGUGAAGCAGUUUGUGACCCGUGAUGUAUUUAAGAAAAGACCAAAUGUGUUUCAGUGUGUCCAGGAUAUUCUGAUAUGUUUGGCACAGAAAGCCAUCCCAGAAAAUUUACUUCUUGAAUUUGUAGAAUUAGGAGAAACAUUGGGUGACGACACUGUACUAAUAAUGAUCCUAAAACCAUUACAAGUUGUGUUGGACAGGCUUCAAAAAAACAGAGGUUUCUCUCUUAUGUGGUGCCUAAACAUGAUAGAACAGCAUGUAAAAAAAUUACCAGCUCCAGAGAAUCACAAUCUCGAAGGGGAAGAGACAAAAUUGCUAGAUUGUGAUCCAAACGUAGAACAUAUUGUCAGUGUAUAUAGGUGUAUUGAGCCAUUUUAUAGCCAUUUCAUUUCUCAGAUAACUGCCAAAACUGCAGUUACCUCACUUGAAGCAUCUGCACAGAUAACUAGAGAGAGAAAAUUUUUAAUCAGAUCCAUAAUUAUGAUAUUAGGCCACCCCUUCAUUCAUACUUCUCUGAGACUUGAAGGUCACAGUAAAAGUGAGUCAAGAGUCAUCGCAGAGAAUCUGGUAAGAAAUUUAUUCUGUAUUGCAAAUGAUCUUUUAAAAUUCUUAGAAUAUACUGAAGUUAAAAGCACGAAGAUAAAAAAGAGAGAUCAGCAAAGCCAUUAUAAAUCAGUAGAAGAUGCUCUCAAUGACCCAGUUUUAGAGCAGCCAUCAACUAGUAUAUUUGGUACAGAUGAAGAAAUCCCCAUGUUAGGUUUGGGUACAUUGUAUUAUUUAAUUCUUGGGGAACAUUUUCUAGAAGAAAUUCUACCUGCAGUUUACAACCCCAUUUACGUAUUUCAUAAAAACUUACUUCUUAGUGCAGAAAUGCUCAAAUGUUCGGAACAAUUGAUAAUAUACAAGGGCUUGAUUUUAGCACACACAGUCACAUCAAGAAUUGCUAAAGCAUCCCUGACAAACUCGUCAGUUGAAAGUGAAAUCCACAGCAAAUUUCUAGGUCGUUUACAACCUGUGAUGGUUUAUUGUCCAACUGAAGAGUAUAGAAAGCUUGCAGUCAGUGUUUUUGAAGUGUACCUUUCUGUAUUAGACAGGAAAUGUCUUUAUUUGUUGCUAGUACAUUUGUCACAAACGGCUAAGUACUCUGCUGUCAGUAGUUUUCUUGUCACGUAUUUAAAGAAUGUUAUGUUGGAAGAAAUGAAGAUUAGCAGCAACGUGUCACCUUAUUUUAAAGGCAGAAUGCUUCAGAUUUUAGUCAAGAAGUGUUGUACACUACCUGAAGGAGCAGAGACUGACCUUCUGGAACAUAUGUCGAGAAUAAAUUCUGUUCUUAAUUUCAUUCGCUAUAUGGUUAUAAGAGACAAAGAGAACAAAACAGGGUUUCUUGAUUGUUUGCCUGAAUUAAAGCAGUCAUUUCUUAAUCCACUUGGAGAAGCUCUUAAGUUGUCAAGAAGCCACUAUGAACUGAAACUCAAAGAAGAACUCGAGAAUAAAAAAAACAAAUCAAGUUCGGACAAAAGUGAUGGGCUGGAAAUAAAAGUUACAGUGGCAGGAAAACUUUUCGAACAAGAUCCUGUCAGUACAAUAAAGUGCUCACUGACCUAUUUUGAUUUAAUAGAAAGUCUUCUGUGCCGAGUGAAUGAGUGUUUAGAAUCUCUGUAAUGUUGAUGUGAGUGUGUUAUUGUUGUUAUGUAAGUGCCCAAUGUGAUUUUUAGGGUUCAAGUUGACAUUGUUAAAAUUGUGCCUUGCUAGUACUUGUUAUUGAACAUUACACUACUUGUGUAAUAAAGUGUUCGUGCCUGUAAUAUAACAACUGAAUCAUUGACACAUAUCUUUACAUUUUGUGGCAGAGUAAAAUAUUAAAGAACUUACAAAAUG